UAUUCAGAAUUGAGCUAUUCUUUCAAUGUCAACACGAAAAUUGACUUCAAACACUGCUCUUCUCUUAAGAUUUCAUUUCUCUCAGGCUCUUUUAGAGAAUCAGAAGAAGAAAGAAGAAGAUACUUUUUAUUCGUCUCUCAGCACAAAAUUUGACAGCUAUAUAGUCUUGCUUGUGGGGCUGUCAUUAUAGUUCAUCUAUAUUGGCAGCCCAAUUUCUGAGGUGUGUCUUCUUUCUCUUCACCGGCAAAACAAAUAUAUCAUCAUGGCUUACUUGUCUGGAAUCCUCCAAAGACCUAUAGUUGCAGCAUCUGCAGUUGCUAUAGCUUCUGUAUCUACUGAUCUUCAUGAAAAAUUCUGGCCAUCUAAGUCAUUACACAACAACAACAACAAUUCCCAAGAAAAGGAAAAGAUAACAUCUUGGGUCUCUCACAUAUAUCUUUCUAAGCUACCCCAUUUCUCCUCCUACCUCACCACAAUACCUGUUCCCCUGCCUAUUCUAAAUAACACCAAUUUUACUUCUCUUUCAACCCUUCCUUUUCCUACUUCUUCUCUGUUGCUCAACUCUUAUCAAUCAGCAGCAUUGCCCAACUCUGCUAAUCCCUCCACAUAUACAUAUACACUUCCUUCUUCACCUUCCGAGGUGUUGUAUACAUGGCACUUACCUGAGCCAAAUGCAUCACGGAAUUCUGAUUCUUCACCACUAAAGUCUACCACUCUGGUAGUAUUGUUGGGAUGGUUAGGUGCAAAGCAAAAGCAUCUAAAGAGAUAUGCAGAGUGGUAUGCAUCAAGGGGAUAUCAUGUCAUUACAUUUACUUUCCCAAUGUCUGAGAUUCUAAGCUAUCAAGUCGGGGGAAAGGCAGAGCAAGAUAUUGAAAUGCUUGUGAAUCAUCUAGGUGAUUGGUUGGAAGAAGAGCAUGGAAAGAACUUGGUCUUCCACACUUUCAGCAAUACUGGAUGGUUAACUUAUGGUGUCAUUUUGGAAAAGUUUCAGAAACAAGAUCAUGCUUUAAUGAGAAGGAUUAAGGGUUGUAUUGUUGAUUCUGCCCCUGUCGCAGCUCCCGAUCCACAGGUCUGGGCUUCUGGAUUCUCUGCUGCCUUUUUAAAGAAGAAUAGUGUUGCAACAAAACGCAUCAUGACUUUAAACGACAGAGAUGUGACAAUAGAAGCCAAAACUUCUGUUGAAACUAAGCCUGCAGUAACUGAAGCAGCGUUGCUAUUAGUACUGGAAAAGUUCUUUGAGGUGGUUUUGAACCUUCCCACCGUAAAUAGGAGGCUUUCUGACGUUCUAGAUCUAUUGACAUCCCGGCAACCAAGUUGCCCUCAAUUAUACAUAUACAGCAGUGCCGACAGAGUCAUUCCUGCAGUUUCGGUUGAGUCCUUUGUAGAAGAGCAACGAAGAAUUGGUCGCGAUGUUAGAGCUUGCAACUUCGUUUCUACACCUCACGUUGAUCAUUUCAGAAAUGACCCAGAAUUGUAUACUUCACAGCUUACCCAAUUUCUAGAGGACUACGUCCUAAGCUCUUGCAAACAGCCUUCUUGAAUAAUUCCUAACCACAACACAUUGAUUCUUUCUGCCCUUUUUUUCCCUCACUUCAACCAAAUACUUGGUAAAGCUUCUGUUUUCCAACUUUAAAGCAGAUAUACAUUGAUGUAGAUUGUUACGUAUACAGAGAAUUAAGAUUUUUUUU